GAGAGUAUCUUGACGGAAGAAGAAGAGGGAGAGGACGAAGAGGAGGAAAAGGAGGGGAAGGAGGAGGACGAAGAAGAAGAUGAUGAUGAAGAAGAAGAAGAAGAGGAAGAGGAACUAGAUGACGUUGAUCAGUUAGUGGAAGAUGAAACAAGCAAGGAAAAGGAAAAAGUUGAUACUGGCCUGGAGGACAAAAUAGAAUCCCAUGAUAAUGUCGAUUUGAAACUCGCUGAUUGGACGCAUGGCUCGAUCCACAAGAAGGAAGUCAAUGCACCAGUAAAUGCCACCUGUACAGGUAGUCGAAAUAGCCCCUCUGAACCACCAAAUUGUUUUGACCAGAUCAAAAAUGCUAGUGAUGCAGCACAUGGAUCUCUGCUUGUAGAUAACAGAAAAGCGUCAUCUGGAACUAGUGAGUCUUGUUCUUUCUAUUUUUUAAAUGACCAUUAA